AUGAGGACUCUAACAUAUAGCAAUCUUGACUUUUAUUGGGCUGGCUACAUCACUCCUCAAAGAUAUGAUCAAGUAGCUGCCAGAUUUACUGGGAAGCUAACGCCCUUGAGAUCAGGCAGCACAAAGAUGGCUCUGACUCAGGAUGAUGGAGCUUCCUUAAUCAUCAAUGGAGAAGAGAUCAUUGAUAAGUUCCCUAACUAUUGGUGGGGAACAGCUUAUGCUACCUACAAUCUUCAUGCCUUCGAAACGUAUGACAUAGAGGUCAAGUUUGUUGAUUACGGAAAUGCAGCAGUAAUCAAACUUGGAUGGGAUAUUGGAAAUGGACCAGUGACUAUCCCAUCAGAAAACUUCUCUAAGAGCAAUGACGUUGGAGCAUCUCCGAUUCAAGUCUCAGUAAACUGUUUUGGAAGCUAUCAACAAGUUCCUUCGACUACUAACCAAUGUCAAAUGUGUGGUGAUGGGGUUAAAAAUGGAACUGAAACCUGUGACGAUGCUAACACAGAAAAAGGAGAUGGAUGAUCUCAAGACUGCACCUAUGUAGAAUCUGGAUGGAAGUGAGACCAAGGAAGCCCAACUGUUUGCGAACGAGACUACGAUUCUGUGCCUCUAUCAAGUAGCGAUAGAAUCCUCCAAGCCUCGAUGCUAUUCAUUACAUUCCUAGCUUUUUCAUUCAACAUAGCAGGAGGAUUUAUGAGUCUAAGCUCAGCUAAUUCAGCUUUGGCUUCUCUUAAUCAACUUCAAUUGCUUAUCCUUCUUGUCCUUUUAGAAGUGCCGCUUCCUCUUAAAGUUGUCAAUUAUCUUCGGUCCAUGUCAUUCACCCUGAUUAACUUCAGCAUUGACUGGAGCUCAAUUGAAGGAAUCAGAAUAAUAGUUGAUCAGAUUGACCACUCCCAGGACAGAGAAGACUUCGUCGUGAUUGGCAUCGAAUCUGGAAGCACUUUGCUGAACCUAGCUAGUCUUCUGCUACUCAUCUGACUGAUUGUACUUUCGCACUCUCUCUUCUACGGCUGCAUUCGGUGGAAGGAAGACUCACAAGCUUCUUGGAUGAGAAGAAUACGAAAAAUAUACACUAUGCUCACAUUUGAGAUCUAUUUUGUCACAUAUUUUGAAGGAUUCAUGACUCUCUCCUUAUGAUGCCUGUCUGAAUUAAAAUGGUGGAACUCAGACUCCAAUAACUCUGAGAGGGUUUCCUUCUAUUUCUGAGUCGUCUUCAGUUUGAUAUCUCUAGUCUUGAUUUUGCUUGUGCUCACAGCAUGGACUUGUACAAAGCCAAACAAAAAAUCUAAAUUUUUGAGAAAGGAAUUAUUCAAAGGACUCAAAUAUAGAAAGAUGGCCAGGUUGCAUCCCUUCAUUUUCUUACUGAGAAGAGCAACUCUGUGAGCCAUUAUCAUAUACUUGAGAUGGGUUCCAAGACCAACUUUUCUCACAUUUUAUUCAGCCGUAAAUCUAAUCUAUUUCAUUGAAUUCUUAGCAGUCCGGCCAUUCCAAAAAAUCUCACCCAACAUCAUGGAGUUGAUCAAUGAGUUCUUCCACGUUGGGUUCACAGUCUUCUUGGUAUUUCAUAACAAAGAGGAACAUUGGGAUGCCUCAAAAGAACUUGGAUACUUCUGGGCAAUGAUCUCCAAUAACAUAGUCAACACAUUUAUCUCUUUCGUCGUGUUCGUUCACUCAACCUGAAAGAAGAGAUGGGCAAAGAGAAGGAAGAAGGUGUCAGUGCAAGGUCCUUCUCCUGAAUUCAUCAGAUACAAGCAAAACAGAGCCAAAAUAAUGCCAAGGAGGAACCAAGAUGCACAGGAGAUUGCCAACGAUCUUAGGCAGUACAAAUUCAGGAGCAGGGUAUCAAAAUCUAAAAUUGCUCCCUCGACUCUUUCAAAGCAGAGUGCUCAGUACCUUCGGCAGAAGUUCUCUCUUAACAAGCCUAGUCGGAACUUUAUGCGGUAAUCCCAAAACUUAAAAAGUGAUCGUUCGGAAUCAGGAUUUUGGCAAGCACGAU